AAAUGAACUUAUAAAGCUUCAGUAAACGAAUCCCACAAGAAGCCUCUUAGUUACCAUCUCCAUCACAGAACUUGAACGCCACAUGGCUGUAGGGGGGAAGGGUGCACCAGUUAAAUCCCUCCCCGGAUUUGACAACACGCACGCACCUUGACUGCUUGUAAACAGAAGCUCACACGUGACACCGAGAGCCGAGUCGCGCGACCGCAUUGUCUGUGAGCGGACAAAGAGCAACACAGACAGCGUUGUUGAGCGCGAGCAUCGGGCAGGUAAACAGGCAGGUGUCAUGACGACCGACGUUAUCUGCCCCCCCACCCGCCCCGAUAUGAAGCCAACUCCCCCCCUUCGUUUACAUCGCGGUGUCCGAGCUCGUCUGACCGCUUGAACUUCUGAUGUCUGAAGCCCGAACCGGACCGUUUGGAGGGAUAACGACGUUAGCUGCGUUUUCUCCGGCUCGCGAGCAGCUGGCAGCGGCUAAACAAAGCUGGACAGCCUUUGUUUCACCUCUUAAUUUAGCUACUCUGUUUGUUCGCUUCAACUACGCCAAAUCUCACUUUUCUAGCUGGCAUCUUACGUUAGCUAGCCUUAGCUAGCAGUAGCCUUUAGCCUCCACACCAGAAGAGAUUUUUUUUCGAGCUAACGUUAAUCUACUUGUCCUUUUUAACUGGCUGGAUGAGAUGUCAUUCACGAUGGAGGAUAACUUGGAGUCCGGAUGGGUGUCCGUCCGACCCAGAGUCUUCGACGAAAAAGAAAGGCAUAAAUUUGUCUUCAUCGUGGCCUGGAACGACAUCGAGGGAAAGUUCGCCAUAACCUGCCAUAACAGAACCGUACAGAGGCGGUCCAUUUUUCUUGACCCGCUGCCCGACAGUCCUCCCGCCGCUGGGCUUCCUGCUCCCGGUGCCUCCGUGGCAGACAAACACGCAAGAAGCCCCGUCACAACGAAGAAGGAUGAAGUCCGUCAAAGUAAAGUUAGACCGCACUCUGUCCCUAAAGGAAAAGCCACAACAAAGGCUUUAAAAGUGGGCAGUUCAAAGACAUCCGAGUGUGUCAGCCAUACUUUGGGAUCCUGGGAUAUUGUGACACCGAAGGUUAUUGACAUCGAGUUCCUGGACCCAGUGGACGUCUCUCUCUGUCCGGAUGACCCAGACCCGGGGGACAGUGAGAGCAGCGACCGGGAGGAUUUCAGCUGGGCCGGGCUGUUCUCCUUCCAGGACCUGAGGGCAGCGCACCUCCAGCUGUGCGCCGUGAACUCGGACCUGGAGCCGUGUUUGCCCUCGUUCCCCGAGGAGCAGUGUGGCGUGUGGACGGUACUCUUCGGUGCCGCCGGGGUGUCCCAGCGGGAGACGGACGCCCUGUGCUACCAGCUGCAGGUGUACCUGGGUCAUGCCCUGGACACCUGCGGAUGGAAGAUCCUCUCGCAGGUGCUUUUCUCCGAGGGAGACGACACGGAGGAGUACUACGAGAGCCUGAGCGAGCUGAGGCAGAAAGGCUAUGAGGAUGCUCUGGAGAGGGCCAAAAGACGCAUGCAGGAGGUGCUGGACAGACACAAGGCCAUGGACAGCAUGGUGGAGCUGCUGCAGGUGUACCCCGAGGAGGACGAGGCGUAUGGAGAGCUGCUGGAGGCAACGACUCACCUCUACCACUACCUGCUGCAGCCCUUCAGGGACAUGAGGGAAGUGGCAAUGCUGCGCAGACAGCAGAUUAAGAUCUCACUGGAGACGGAGCGUCUGGGUCCUCGUCGUGUGGAGAGCCUGAGGAAGGAGGAUGAGGAGUGGCAGAAGAAGGCUCACGCCGCCGUUCUCUCCAUACAGGACCUGACUGUCAAGUUCUUUGAAACUACGACUCGGGCACAGAAAGCUCUGUUUGAGCGGAUGCGCGCUGACCAGAGGAAGUUUGGCAAGUCGGCGUGGGCAGCAGCAGUGGAGCGCAUGGAGCGGCUGCAGUACGCCGUCUCCAAAGAAACCCUGCAGCUGAUGAGAGCCAAAGAAAUCUGCCUGGAGCAGAAGAAACAUGGCUUGAAGGAGGAGAUGCAGAGUCUGAAAGGGGGCGAGGAUGCCAUGCUGCGUCUGGACCAGCUGGAGGCGCUGUACUACGAGCUGCAGCUGCAGCUGUACGACAUUCAGGCUGAGGUGCUGCGCUGCGAGGAGCUGCUGCUCACCGCUCAGCUGCAGAGUCUGCGGAGGCAAAUGACAGAGCGACAGGACGAGGUGGUGUACUACGAUGCCUUCGAGAGCCCUGACGCCAUGAAGGGUGAAGAAGACCCCGUGAGCCCGCCGUCCCCCCUCAGAGAUGAAGAACUCUGCCUCCUGCAGCAGAGGACGCGGCAGCUCGAGGCCCGCAGGGGUCGCAUCACUGCCAAGAAAGUCUACCUCAAAAACAAGAAGGAAAUCUGCAUUGUCAAUCACAACCAGAAGAUUCAACAGCAACAAGGAAGCCAUGACGACAGAAGGUUUAUACAGGGAGGAGAAGCCGAUGAAGAUGAUGAAGCCAAGAGAAAUGCCAGCGUGAGUCAGGAGAGGCAGAGGACUCUGGACCGACUUCGCAGCCUCAAGCAGCGUUACCCUGGCCAGGUGACCCUGAAGUCCAGCCGGCUGCGUCUGAGCCAGCCUCACAGCCGGAGGAGACAGCAGCCCAGCACUCAGGCGGCCAGCGUUCAGACCGACUGCAUCUCGGACCUCCCAGAACUCUCUGCUCCUCCUCCGCCCGACGCCUGCGACAGCGUGUCUUUACCUACAGUGGAACUCCAGAGUCUCGACUCUGCACCGCCCUUCCUUUCGCUGCCUCCCCUCUCAGCCUCCCAAUCUAUUCUUUCACUUGGUGCUCCUGCCCCUCCCCCUCCUCCUCCUCCUCCUCCCCCUCCUCUCCCACCUCCCCCGCCCCCUCCACCACUUCCUCCCUCAGAGGAGCAGCAGCAGCAGGGAGCAGGCGAGAGGAUGGAGGCGGGCAGCCCAGUGCGGCACCACACCAGCGAGUGUGAAUCUUCCUCCCUGCCGCUGGCGCCGUUUUCCCCUCGAUUCUUCGACAGCAGCCAGCUGCUGACGGCGAGGAAGAAGCUGAGGAAGACGGCCUCGCUGGACUCGUCGCAGUGGAGGAGAGCGAGCUCCCCCAUGGACGAGGUGCUGGCCUCCCUCAAACGGGGCAGUUUCCACCUGAGGAAGGCCGAGCUGCGCGUGCUGGCUCCCGACCCGGACGACGACAGCAACAACAUCCUGGCUCAGAUCAGGCAGGGCGUCAGGCUGAAGAAGGUGCGGACUCGGCCGGAGCAGCAGCGUCACGCCAAGAGCUUCCCGCACUCGGCCGACGCUCUGACGCGCAGCAUCCACGAGGCCCUGAGGAGAAUCAAAGAGGCUUCGCCGGAGUCCGAGUCUGAGGACGAAGGCCUUCCAUGCACUGACUGGGAGAACUAAUUCGGCUUAUUGAAAGGCUUUUGUGUUUAUGUGGCAGACAAGCCAGGGUUAAAACCCCCGGACCACCUUGGUGCAAUUUGAACAAAGAAACAAAACAAAACAAAAAACGUUUGAUUUUUAAUUUUUUUUGUUUCCUUUUCUUUUUAUAUCAGCAAACUGCUCAGAAGUGUGUUUGUGUUCAUACUUCUGCGUGUUGUUUGUAAAGAUGGACCACUAAUCUUUUCUUUUUUUUAUGUUGCUGUUGUUGCUGUGGCGUUCAUGGCGAGGAUACAACCUCUAACCUCUCAUUAUGUCCGAGUCGUACUGUAGCUCGCUGUGAUGGGUUUGUUUCAGGAAGGGAGCAGUUUGGUUUUCUCUCACUUCCAGUCAGCGUUCAGACUUUCUUCACUGAAACCUUCACAUUCAAACAUGUGACGGCCGUUCGUACUGUAUGUUUGCGCUCAUUCACUCACCCAGAGUGGUGGACAUCGCAUCGUUUCACCCAAAAAGCCAAACAGGAACUGAUUUGUGUAUUCAGCAAACCAAACCUGCUUGUUUUAGCUUUCUCAGUUUACGUCUCAGACUCUUAACUGAGUCGAAUCGGAGCUCGCGGACGCGAUGAAGAACAGCACACUCCAGAGCUCAACCACGUGAUUGUCAUGUUUUUACAUUGUCCUCCGUGUCAAAGCAGUCCACUGACAUUUGUCUUCUGUUGCAAUGAGCUUUUCACAAUACGAUAACUGUAUUACACAGUUGCCAUCAAUUCCAGGGACCUUUACAGGAAUGAAAACAGGAGGUUUGAUAGGUCGCAAACGAACGCCUCAUUACUUUAUGUCCUGACAGACGUGAAACGUGUUACUGUCCAUAAGCGGUCAGCGCAGUCGUUUUCUGCCGGUCCCAGAAUGAAGCCCUUCUUUCCCCUCAUACAAAACUUUCUGUUCAGCAUCACACAGCAAGAGGACAGCGAAGACCACUGCAGUGUUUUUUCUUUGUUUGUUUUUUUCCCCCCAGAGCUAAAUACCAUUUAGAUUUCAGCACCAGUUAAGAUGUAAAAGCUUCUUGAAUGUAGCUUUGGUGGUUUUCUGUGACCGGCUGUCACUCUGAGAUGGGAAAAAAAAGAAGAAGAAGAAGACAGAUGGAUGUAAUAUUUUCAGUAUCUGGAGAGGAUUCCCUCUGAUGACUGAUUCCCUCUGUUAGGAUACAUUAAAUCACGCCUCAGGACCCCGUAAGGAAAGUGAUGGCACACAGCUGCAGAUGGUGAAAACAUUACAAUUAGAGCUGGAGGGAUUCGUCAGAAAAAUAAUCUGCAGAAAGAUGAGUCGCCCUGUUUAAUAUGCUGUAAACAUGCAGCAUCAGUUUGGCUGAGGCUUCAGCGCCCCCUGCUGGUAACAGACGACCUGACAUCAUUUGUAUCGUGUGCGAUGUUGACCCGACAGCCUUCUCUCUUCCCACUGCCUUGUUUAUUUGAUCCCACAGUAUUUACUUAGUUGAGUUGUUGUUUGAGUGUGUGUGAUUUUUAUACCAGCCUCUUUUUAUGUGUUAAACCUGUCUUAAACUGAAAAAAAACUAACACUUCCUGUAUUUAACAAAUCCUGCACUGAUGGCUGAAUAUAAAGGAGUAGUUCGACAUUUUGGGGGAUGCAUUUAUUUGCUUUCAUCUAACUCUUGCCAAAAACAAGUCGAGUACCUGAGCGCAGGUGGAGUCGCACCGCAGAGCUGCCAUUCGAACAGCCUCCCUCGCUUUACUCUCAGCCCGUCGUGCUUUUGUUUUCCCCACAAGCUGAACGUCACACGAGUUCGACCUUUGACCUUUAUGACCUUAUGCAUGUGACUGGUUUUAAGGACGAACCCAUCACAAACGUAAGUGCAAUAAUUAAAAAUGAAAGACAUUUUAUGAGUUAUACUGUAAUGAAAUGUAAAAAUCAUGAGAAAGUAUAUCCGCAUGCCUAAAUGUUUUGAAGUAUUUAUUGAAACUUCAUAUUUUAAAUUUUUAAAGCGUACAAAUGUAAAUGUACUUUAUAAAGUUUUCUUGUUUUUGUUGCUUUUUUUCCCGUUUCCUAUCAUGACAUUCCUCUCUGCUUUCUUUGUCCCAGUUAUUGUUUUCCUUUCCAAAUAAAAUUACGCACCAACA